GCGCACGCCGGAGACCGAGCUUCAUGUAACACAGGGACUGUCCCCGCAAAUCAAGCUCCGGAGGAAACUAUGAGAUUUGCCCUGCUCUGCGGAGCGAACGGAGAGGCACAUUCCGUGAGAGACGAGGGCCGUGACGUCACUUCCGGCGGGCGGGGUGUCAGGGACUAGAUGGUGAAAGCAGCCCCGGUGUACAGUGACUGGAGCACGGAAAUGACCUAGAGGCCUUACAAAUACAUUGUGCGCAUUCUUUCUCCAGAGUGAACUCAAUCUGGGAGCUGCACUUGUUUCCGCUGUAACAAAACUACCUCAACAAGCCCAGAGAGGAAGACGAGGGGAGGGGAACUUCCAGCAGCAAAUCUGUCAAGAACACAGUAUUAGAGGCACCUCAGUGCAGACUGGAUCUGCCGGACUGUAGCAUCUACACAAAUCCCUAUUGUUCUCCCUUCAUUUACAAGACUCGGAUCGAUUCAUACCUACCAGCUGUUGAUCAGUGUUUUGGUCUUUUGAUUUUUUUCUUCUUUUCCUUUUUUUUUUGUUUUGUCUUUGUGUGUUGGCUUCUUUGUUGGAAGGGACGUUGAAAUUCUGUGUAUACGCUUUAGCAUUCUUUUCCUGUUACACUCCUGGUUUGGAUAAGUGAAAGUUGUUGCAUUCAUUAAUUUUUUUGGCUGCAGUGGAAUAGUGGAAACUCUUCUGUGUUGACGGGAAGGGUUAACAGGACCAGAGCCCUUGGUGAAAGAGACGCAUACAUCUCAUUGUGGAAUCCUUCAGCUGGCUUCCAAACUACUAGUUGGGAACUGCAGCUGGGCUGCACUGAAUACUAAGAAACCCUAAGUCAGUGGAUCUGCUGCCUUUCUGUCUCGACUCUUUCACAUUACACAGCCUGCCUUGUGGAAAUGCCUUGUACAAAACCUAUGUUUGCCACUCUGCUCUACUAUUGGACAUAGCCAAACAACAGGAAGUGGUUUUGUAGGCACAACUGAUUUUAGGUUAGGGGCACCUGUGGCUAGUAAGUGACCUAUGUAUUGCUGCAGCGCACAGGAAAGCAAAAUGGACUACAAGAGGCGGUUUUUGCUUGGCGGGUCCAAGCAAAAGGUGCAGCAACACCAGCAGUACCAGAUGCCUGAGCUCAGCCGGACUCUGAGCGCACCCUUGGCCUCAACUACCCCUUUAGUAUCUUCGGCUAACACGGGCAGCUGCCCUCACCCUGCAGCCCACACUACACCCAUAGCGGAUAUCCAGCAGGGUAUCUCCAAGUAUUUGGAUGCGCUCAAUGUUUUCUGCAGAGCCAGCACUUUCCUCACUGACCUAUUCAGCAGCGUUUUCCGUAACUCGCACUACUCAAAGGCAGCUAUGCAACUCAAAGACGUGCAGGAACAUGUCAUGGAGGCUGCCAGUCGACUCACUGCAGCAAUAAAACCAGAGAUAGCAAAAAUGCUGAUGGAGCUGAGCGCAGGGGCUGCCAACUUUAAAGACCAGAAUGAGUUCAGCCUUCAGGAUAUAGAGGUGCUUGGUCGCUGUUUUUUGACUGUAAUGCAGGUUCAUUUUCAGUUCUUGUCCCAGGCGUUGCAGAAAGUGCAGCCUUUUGCUGAAGCGAUAGCACAUGAGCGUAAGAACGCUCCUGUAUCCAGUGACCUGAGCCCCACAAGAGAGCUGGAUGAUGCUGUGAGGACAUGGCGAGGAGCUACCGAGGCUACGAGCCGCUUGCGAGAGAGAGAUUGUGAUGGAUCCUUGGCUGGGUUAGAAGUUCAGCAGCUCUUCUGCUCACAAAGCCUCGCCAUCCCAGAGCAUCACCUCAAGGAACUGAACCUGAAGAUCGACAGUACAUUACAGGCAUAUAGGAUGGCCCUGGAAAGUUUAGGUCACUGUGAAUAUGCAAUGAAGGGUGGCUUCCACCUCAAUCCCAAGGCUAUUGAAGAAUGUCUGAAGGGCUGCUGUAGUGAUGCAGAGGCACAACAAGCUGGGAGAAGACAGACGCCCCCUCAGCCAAUACAGUGCGAGCUCCCCACCGUACCCGUACAGAUUGGUCCCCACUUCCUGAAAGGAACUUCAUUUAAUGAGUCUUCAACUGAUAACCUAAAGCUGAAGACGCAUGCAAUGCUGCAGCUGAUCAAAGAAGUUGAUGUACACAAUGGCAUUAAUAACAGGGAUGAAACCGCAGUCACUGAAAUUCUCAAUCAAGUGUGUCCUUCCACAUGGCGGGGGGCAUGUAAAACUGCAGUGCAGUUGCUUUUUGGCCAGGCUGGUCUGGUGGUUGUUGAUACAGCACAGAUUGAGAAUAAGGAAGCCUAUGCACCACAGAUCAGUCUGGAGGGCUCAAGGGUUGUCGUGCAAGUUCCAUCCACUUGGUGUUUGAAGGAAGACCCGGCUACUAUGUCUUUGCUGCAGAGGAGUCUAGACCCAGAGAAGACUUUAGGGCUAGUGGAUGUUCUGUACACAGCAGUGUUUGAUAUCACACGCUGGAAGGAGGGCCGGGAGCAAGCAUUGCCAAUGAUCCAAAUUCAGCUACAGAGAGAAACAUCAGAGUUUGGAAACCAGAUAGAUCUUCCACAUGGGAAUGGCGGAAAGUCGGCUGGUGGACUGCAAAAGACCUUCUCAAAACUGACUUCACGAUUCACAAAGAAAGUUUCCUGUAGCAGCUCUGGUCACAGUGGAAGUUACUCUGUCCCUCAGACCCCCUCCAAACAUGUCUUAACCACUAAUAACUCAGAUGAAAAGGGGAAACUACCCAACCACACAGACUCCAAGCUACAGAGCAUGCUGACCUUAGGAAGCUUCUCCAGGUCCAUGGACAACGCCAGCCACAGCACAAACAGUCAGUUAGUAAAUGGGUUUCUUGUCGACCGCAGAGAGGACUUGUUUAAAGGCGAUGAUCCAAAGGAUGAGAAAGGCAUGAACUUGCCUUCUGAUCAGGAAAUGCAGGAUGUCAUUGAUUUCUUAUCCGGCUUUAAUAUGGGCAAGUCUCAGCAGACAUCACCUGUAGUCAAAAGGAGAAAUUCCACUACAUCCUGUGUAGCACCAGAGCAGAAGCAAGGGACUGUUAAGCCACCAUCACAGCCAGUAAUGCAUCCUCCUCCAAUGCAUCCUCCAACUCAGUCACAACAACAACUGCAGCAGCAACAACCUGGACUGUUACAGCAACCUCCCCAGCUGCCGAUAUCACAGAAACAACAACUGCAGUAUUAUCAGCACUUGUAUCAGCCAAUUGGUCCGCAGCAGCAGCAACAACAAUCACAGCACCAGUCAGGAAAAUGGUUAAACAGUUCCUCCCAGCAGUCAUCGCCAGCUGUCGGGAGUGGCUUGUCUCCCCUUGGUCAACUAAGCCAAUGGAGCAGUCAGGGGGUCUCUGAUCUAAGCUCAGACUUGUAUAGUAUGGGGCUAGUCAGCAGUUUUAUGGAUAACAUGAUGUCUGAGAUGCUGGGACAAAAAUCUCAAGGACCUCGAAAUAACACUUGGCCAAACCGUGACCAAAGUGAAGGAGUGUUCGGGAUGCUUGGAGAUAUUCUGCCUUUUGAUCCUGCAGUUGGCUCGGACCCUGAGUUUGCACGGUAUGUAGCUGGGGUCAACCAAGCUAUGCAACAGAAACGGCAAGCGCAGCAUGUCAGACGCCCGAGCACCACACGUAGCAACUGGCCCCAUCCUGAUGACUCCCACAGAACCUGGCCAUUCCCAGAAUAUUUCUCGGAGGGAGAUGUAGUGAACAGCAGCUGGACGGGUGCUCAGGGAGAUUCCGCCAGUUCAAGUGACGAGACCUCAUCUGCCAAUGGAGACAGUCUAUUCUCUAUGUUCUCAGGUCCAGACCUUGUUGCUGCAGUCAAACAGAGAAGGAAACACAGCAGUGGUGAACAGGAGACUAACACACUACCAUCACCACCUCUCCUCUCCACGGUGGAUGAUCUCAACCAGGAGAACAAAACCAAAACUUGGCCUCCCAAGGCCCCUUGGCAGCACUCCUCCCCCCUCACCAAUACACUGCCCAAUCAGAGUUCUUCUUUAUACCACAUGACAAAUCCUGUGAGCCAGUGGAACGAUACAAUGCAAAUGCUGCAGUCACCGGUCUGGUCCACAGCCAAUGACUGUGCUCCGCCAGCGGGGAUCUCCUCAACGUAUGCUUACGCACAGCAGCAAACUCAACAGGCAAACAAAGGCUUUAAAUCUUUCCAGAUGAAGCACGAGCGUAGGCCCUCCUAUCUGCACCAGUUCUGACCAAGCUGCUAGACCUCCAUUUCAGCUGCGUUCCUGUGUUUGGUGUGUGUAUGGGGGGAGGGAGGGGUUUGCAGUCUCAUAACUGUUGUGAAAAGUAUGGGUUACUAACAGUAUAGGUUGUUUGGUUUUGAUCCUGUGUUGUAGUUUCAUUAGAGUGACUAAACAUCUCCAUUGUAAUCAUCUCCUACUGGAUAUCAGGGAUGAGAUGAGCAGUGUGAAUUUAAUGCACAGUCAUUCAGCAGUUUAGAGGAGCUCCCCUUUUACAUUUUUUCCACAACGCUCAGUAAAAAAUAUGGAUCCUACCCCGUGAUACUACAACCCCAUAGUGCCUCUUAUGCUUCACACCUAACCUUUGGUUCCCAUUAAAUUGCUAUUCCUACAUGGAGCUGCUUAUUUAUGCUGCACUCUCUGGGUUGCAGAUUAUUUUGUGGCAGACUGAGCCAUGCUGGUAGUACAUCCCCCGAUAGUUGUACUUACUAAGCAUAUUGGUUCACAGUACACCCCCUUGUCCCAGCAGGACUUUGGGCCCUGGGGGACUGCAGGUGUCUGUUUUAGAUGGAUGCCCCUUAUUGUUCAUUUUCUCCAGUAAGGAGACAACAGGGGGAUACCUUUCUGGGAUUAGCUGGUGCCAGUGGAGCCUCCAACCUGGUGGUUGCACAGGCCACACAUCAUCUUUUAAAAUUGCACCAACGCUGUAUUUAUAUGGAGAUGCUUAGGGUAUCCCCAUGUAAAUACAUCACAUUUCAGUGCAAAGGUUAGUUUAUUCUACACAAAUAAGCCCUAUUUAGGCUGCAGGUGCAUCUUUCCCUUUACUGUGCUGUUAGUAGAUUUAUUAUUCAUAAUGUCCAGGGGUGAGGGGCACCUACCCCAUAAAAGAAGUCCCCAAUAUUACAAGUUAUAAGAUGUCAUUCCUUGGCAGCUUGUUAGUGCCCCUAUGAUGGCCCUGGCAGAAAUGUUUCUACUUUCAUAAAGACAACUAAUGGAUAAAAAGGGGAAUUUUGUACUUGCUGUUAUAUCAUUUUCAUAAAUUAACCCCUUAAUCCCCUCCCUUUCCCUUCCUGUGGUGCUGGGAUGAGAUUGAGGGUGUUGUACUCUCCUAACUGCUGCAGGAUAAAGGCAGCGAGGACCUGAAUGCCUAGUGGCUACAGGUCAUGUCAUUAAACAACCUUUUUGUUUUCCUUUUGUACUUUAUUCACGUGGCCAAAGGCAUUAUGCACAUAACACUCCUGAAGAGAGAAUGUGAUUCUGGGAUAGUAAAAACUUUCAAUAUUCUUUAAAAAUAAUAAAAAAAAAAAAAGAAAAAUAUAUAGAAUAAAAAAAUCAAAUAUCUAUGUGAGCUGGCUCAGAAAUAUCUAAAUUAAAUAGCAGGUAGAUGACAAAAUCUAUUUUUUAAAGUGAAGCAUAAUGUCACUUAGACGUGCCAUGACACCGACCGGAAACCUACGGGAGCGGAGAUUCUUCCAACCAAAGUGGCUGUAGAGAUGCUUAUAAAUGGUGCUUACCACAAAAUCCGAACUCUUUCUGUACAGAUUCUCCCACCUUAUCCCGAUCGAUGUUACAAGAAAUAUUCUUUAUAUAUAAAUAUUAUUAUAUAUAUAUAGUUUAUAUGUAUUUAAAUCGUCAUUUCAUCUUUUGCAGAGGCCCUUACUGCUAAAUCCCUGUAUUUUCUAGAAUGGAAAGCAUAUAAAAAACAUAAAAAAAAUAAAUAUCCAAAACGUACUGACAGUAUUAAUCUUAUUUUUGUAUUUUUUCUUAAAUUGUUAUAUCGCUAAUCUGAGUUAACUUGUUACUGUUAGGGAGAGCUUGCUGAUAAAGGCGGCACAUUCUGAGAGUAAGCUUUGUUUUGUUUUUUUGCAAAGUUUAUCUAAAUAUACCAAAAACAUGUACAAAACACUAAACUCUAUAUAUAUAUAUAUAUAUAUAUAUAUAUAUAUAUAUAUAUAUAUAUAUAUAGAAA